CUAAAGGAGUAGAUAAAUUAUACCAGUUUCAGAGAUCUCCUCACCGAAUCUUGUCAGCUUCAAGCCCUAAUCUACUCGCUUCUUCUAUUUGAAAAGACAUUCCUCCCUCGUUUGGCGGCACCAACUUCGACGCUUCCGAUCGUUUCCAUCACCAUCCGUCACUCCAGCAUAUCUGCUGGCAGACCGUAGUAGCCAUGCGUUCAUCCACCUGGACGACCUCUUUCGUCCUUCAGGCCCUGGCUUUCAACAUCUUAGCUUCUGCUACCCCGGACGAAAAUGUGGCUCUGAGCAAAAGAGACUUGGCGCAAGCCAGUCUGUUCAAGAGAGUAAAUAAUAGGGUGUCUGCUUUCUCUGUCCCCCGCUCCCUCCAUACCCGUGAGGACGACUCCGACACCGACCUAAUCAAGAAAGCCGUCGUCGAGGUCGUGGAAGUAGUAACCGCCGAUCAACUCGAGAGGCGUGGAGCGACCAGCACCGCUGCCGCCGAUGCUGAUAAAGCCAACUCAGCCAACAAAGCCGCCUCCACCAGUGCAGCCGGCAAGGCUGCCGCGCUCUCUUCCGAGGCUGCUGCCUUUUCUUCUAACGCCCAGGCCGCUUCGGUUGGUAGCUCGGCUGCUGCUGACAUAACUGCUUCGGACAAGGUCAACGCUGCUAGUUCCCAUGCUGCUUCCACCGGCAAGGCCGAAGCCGCCGAGUCUUCCGCCAACUAUGGGACCGAGUCUUCGGCUGCCAACUCCUACGCCGCCUCCACCGGCAAGGCCGAAGCCGCCGAGUCCUCCGCCGCCCCUUCCUCCGCCGACUAUGAGGCCGAGUCUUCAGCUGCCAACUCCUACGCCGCCCCCACCGAAAAGACCGCUGCUGCUGAGUCUUCUGGUGCCGCUUAUUCUGGCGUCACUUAUUCUUCCGCCGCUUAUUCUGCCGUUGAGUCUGCCGAUGCUUACGAGUCCGCCGAUGAUUGCGAGUCCGCCGCUGCUUACGAGUCCGCCGCUCCGACUAAGGACGCCGCUGAGGAUCAGGAUUACGCUAGCGACGAGAGCGACAGCGACAGCGAUAGUGAGGAUGAGGAUGAGGAUGAGGGAAAUACCGACAAAGACGGCGCUGACGGUGCCGAUGACAAGGACGCCUCGCCCACAUCCACCGCCGACGCUGCUGGUGGCGAGCAAGAGGACGAGGACGAGGGAGAAGGCGAGGAACCCUGCCCCGAAGAGGACUCUGAGGAUGCUGAAGGCGUAGCGACUGAAACCGGGUACGAGUAUGGUGGCUAUGGGGCCUAUGGUGGAUAUGGCGGUUGGGUCACGUCUACUGCCCUGUCUGCUCCUACGGCCACCGACGACAGCGCGGACGGUAAGGAGCGUGAGGAAUUUGCGGACGUGCAGCUGGCUGGUGCUGCUGGACAGAGAGUUGAUGCUAAGAUUGCCUUGGCUGUUGGGUUGGCUGGGUUGGUGUUUGUGCAGCUUUAA